ACAUUUUCAGGUCUAGUAUUUUAGGCGGUCACGUUAGAAGGCUGGCCAGGGCCGGCAGCCGAGUCUUGAACACAUCAUCAACUCAGACGUGCUCUGCUUGUCGCGAGCAGCUCCUGAAGAAUGAUGAGCCUUCGGGCUGCAUCCCGCAAGCAGGAGCUUCCGUCGCUCCUGCUGGCCCAGGCGCGCACAUAUGUGACCGCCCUGAAGGUGGAGUUCAGCGAGGGCGUGGCUGCUCCUAAGAACAAGGAGAGUACUGCCCUCCUGGACGAGUGGAAGUCAAAGAAGGAGGCCACGGAGGGCCUGCUGAAGCUGCUGCAGUCCUACAAGGACCUGGGCGACAGCAAGGGCGAGCCUCUGCUGAAGUUCCACAACCCGCGCUCGUUCGAGGACCUGACCGCGCCGGUGCCGAACUUCCGGGCUCAGAACCUGAAGCCCGGCGAGGUCGGCAAGUUCUUUGACACUGUGCUGGCCAAGCGUGCUGGAGAGGCGCAGGAGUCGAAGGGCAAGUGGUGGGCUGAGCGCAAGUCUGAGGCGGAGGCUGCUGCUGCCAGCAAGGCCGCUGCGCCCGUGCCGACGCUGCCUGUGCCUAGCUGGGCUCUGGGCAAGCCGGUGUCGCUGGACGCGGUCAACAAGGUGACGGACGCCUACCUCAAGUCGCUGGAGCCCGCAAAGAAGCUCAGCGCUGGCGAUCAGGAGCUGGUGAGCAAGGCGGUGGCCGCCAAGGUGGUGGCGACGCGCCGCGCGCAGGUGCACGAGCGCUACGUGAAGAUGUGGGCCAAGAAGGUGCUGGUUAGCCCGGAGGUGGCGGCGGUGCCGCUCAAGGACGUGGACGGCCAGCUGGCCUCCAAGUUCGAGCUUCUGGCGCCCCAGUACGCGGAGCUGCUGCAGGCCGCCUCCUCCGGCUCAAAGACGCUGGCGGAGCGCAUGUCGCACCACCCCGCGCUGGACAGCUUCCUGCUCAAGCGCGAGAAGGAGGCCAUCAAGGGCGACUUCCCCACCAGCGAGGUGGAGGCCGCCGGCGCUGCGCUGGCCGCCGAGCUGGAGGCCGACCCCGCCGCCGCGCUCAAGAAGCUGCUGGGCCCCGAGCUGGAUGGCAACGGCGGCGCGCCGCUGAGCGACGUGGUGGCGGCCGUCACCGCGCACAAGUACUCGGCCGACCGCUACCUGUACAAGGAGGGCAUGAAGCUGGCGGCCCGCUACAAGGCGGAGGAGGACGCGCUCCGGGCCGAGCUCAAGCCGGUGUACGGUGACUCUGUGGAUGUGGCCAAGUUCCAGGCGGCGCCCCGCACCCCGGCGCAGCAGAUCGCCGACCGCCAGAAGGAGCUGGCGGCGCGCUCCGCCGAGUUCCGCGCCGAGCAGGAGGCGGCGGACAACGCCUACCUCAAGUACGCCGUCACCAAGAAGCAGCAGGUGAUCACCGACCCCACCAACAUCGCCUUUGACGAGGUGCUGUACCCGGGCCUGGUGGAGGAGUCCAUGGACAUCGAGCUGGCGGAGCUCAAGGAGGAGGAGCUCAAGGUGGACGAUGCGGAGGAGGAGGAGCUGUGGAUGCUGACGCUGCAGUCGCAGUUCAAGCACAUCCAGAAGCACUUCGGCGUGGACCUGCCGCACAGCGUCAUCGCGCACAUGGACCCCGUGCUCAUCAAGAAGAUCGACUGGGAGACCACCAACGCGCUGGAGGACUUCGACAUCACGCUGGAGGACAUGGGCGCCGAGGUGGCCAAGGAGCAGUGGGGUGUGGAGAACCUGUCGCACCACUUCCUGCCGCUCAUCCGCUACCGCCGCGCCAAGGCCAAGAAGCAGGUGGGCCACUUCGAGCCGGAGCUGGUUGCCGGCCGCGGCGCGUAAGCGCCAGGCGCAUCGGUGCGCGGCUCGGCGCAGGGAAGCUGCUGGUGCGCUGCUGGUGCUUUGCUGAAGGGCGACGCGCGUGGAAGCAGCAGCGCCGGCAGUACACAACAGUGGCAGGGCGCCCAGCGGCAGUCGAGGAGGCGGCAUGUGUAUGUGGGUGUGUGGGGAGCUGGAGGCAGCAGUGUGGCGCUGGUGGCCGGGAAGACUCUACCGCGCAAGGCAGACGGCUGCUAAGCGUGACCUGGUCUAGGUUGGGCCCAGCGAGGCUUAUACGGCAGAGCUAGGUAGGGUGUGUUUGAGCUUGUGAGGCAGCACCUUUUAGGUUAGGAGUUGUGAUGCUGGAACAUGAGCGGGCUUAGACGGACGGCUUACGGGUGUGCGAUGCAGCGCAGCAGCUGGUAGGCGGAGAGGGCACCGAACUGCCGCGGAGGUACUGUCUCGGACUGGAGAGCAUAGCGGGGUAGCUGGCUCUGGGAGAGCAACAGUGUGUAAAGGAAAGGCAAG